AUGAUAAAAAUAUGUAUUACAAAUGUAUGUGGAAUUUUUAUACGUGUUGCAAGUUCUCUUUCAACCCAUACUGGUCUUCCUCCCAAUGAAGGAGAGCGAGAUUGUUUUGGAGCCAUUAUACUUGCUGAAGUAAUUAAUUCUCAAAAUAAAGAAAAAGUUGAAAUAGUUUGGUGUAAUGACUGGAAAGGUGAUGGAAAUGUACAUCUAACAGAUAGUCAAAAUAAAGUAUUAGGAGAAAGAAGCACUGAUGUGAGCCGCUACUUUGCUAGAACUACAUACAUAGAUCUUUAUGGUGGUGUCAGUCCUCGUGAAAAGACUGAAGUUGACCAUUGGUUGUCCUUCACAAUUGGUCCUUUGGGAUCUUUCCCACUAAAAGAAGAUGCAUUGCGUUAUUUAGAUGAUAUAUUAAUGACAACCACUUGGUUGGUGUCUAAGAAAUUAACAUUAGCUGAUAUUCAUGUAUUUUCUACUCUUUUGGAGAAGGAAUUUUUAGCAAAAUUUGAAAAACAAUUUGUUAAUAUAAGUAGAUGGUAUAAACAGAUGCUUUCACUGCCCACUGUUACAGAGGUACUGCUUUCAAUUAAAAAGAAUGCUAAAUUACUUCUUCAUACUUAUGUGCAACCUGAGAAAGCUGCUAAUAAGCAAGCAGGACAAAGAAAGCAAGAAGGUAAAUUUAUUGAUUUACCUGGAGCAGAAAUGGGUAAAGUUAUAGUACGUUUUCCACCAGAGGCAAGUGGGUAUCUACAUAUUGGUCAUGCUAAAGCAGCUUUGUUAAAUCAGUAUUAUGCAGAAGCAUUUCAAGGGCAACUUAUUAUGAGAUUUGAUGAUACAAAUCCUGCAAAAGAAAAUGUAGAAUUUGAAAAAGCUAUUCUGGAAGAUUUAAAGUUACUUCAAAUCAAACCAGAUAUGUUUACACAUUCUUCAGAUUAUUUUGAUUUAAUGUUGGAGUAUUGUACUAAGUUGAUAAAAGAGGGUAAAGCAUAUGUAGAUAAUACACCAGCUAAUAUAAUGAAAGAACAACGAGAUCAGAAGGUGAUGUCAACAAAUAGAAAUAAUUCUAUUGAAAACAAUCUUAACUUAUGGAAUGAAAUGCAACAGGGUACUACUAAAGGUCAGGAAUGUUGUGUUAGAGCAAAAAUUGACUAUCAGUCAGCAAAUGGAUGUUUGCGGGAUCCAACGAUUUAUAGAUGCAAACCAGAGCCGCAUCCUCGAACUGGAACAAAAUACAAGGUCUAUCCAACAUACGACUUUGCUUGUCCUAUUGUUGAUGCUAUUGAAAACGUUACACAUACUUUACGUACAACAGAAUAUCACGAUAGAGACGUUCAAUUUCAUUGGAUAAUUGAUGCGCUAGGGUUAAGACGUCCUUAUAUAUGGGAAUAUUCACGUUUGAAUAUGACUAAUACAGUUUUAUCUAAAAGAAAAUUAACUUGGUUUGUUGAUCAAGGAUUGGUUGAUGGCUGGGAUGAUCCACGUUUUCCAACAGUAAGAGGUAUUUUGAGAAGAGGAAUGACAGUUGAAGGAUUAAAGCAAUUUAUCAUUGCUCAAGGUAGUUCAAGAUCUGUCGUUUUUAUGGAGUGGGAUAAAAUAUGGGCAUUUAACAAAAAAGUCGUUGAUCCCAUUGCCACUAGGUAUAUUGCUUUGGAUUAUGAUAAAAUUGUACCCGUACAUAUAAAUGAUGUAAAAGAGGAAUGGUUAACUGUCCAAAAUCACCCAAAAGAUCCAUCAAAAGGCACAAAACAAGUAUUAGUAGGUUCACAACUUUACAUAGAAAGAGAUGAUGCAGACAUGCUAAUUGAAGACCAAAAUGCAACUUUCAUUAAUUGGGGCAAUAUAUUGAUAAAAAAGAUUGAAAAAGAAAAUGGUGUUAUUGCACGAGUAAUAGCGCAAUUAAAUUUAGAGAACAAAGAUUACAAAAAUACAUUAAAGAUUACAUGGUUAGCAAUACCUUCUGAUAAAAAUGAUAAUAAUGGUAAAGCUAAUUUAAUUCCAUGUUAUACUGUUUAUUUUAAUCACAUUAUAAGUAAACCAGUAUUAGGAAAAGACGACGACUACAAAGAUUUUAUUGCAAGAGAUACUAGAGUCGAGGUACAAAUGCUUGGGGAAGUAGAAUUGAAACGCGUGAAAAAGGGAGAAAUAAUUCAAUUACAAAGGAAAGGAUUUUUCCGAUGUGAUGUGCCUUAUGCUCUCGCUAGUCCGUUUUCUUCUAGAGAACAACCUUUAAUCCUGUUCCAUAUACCAGAUGGCCAUACUACAAAUGCAGUAAAAUCUGCACCUAAUAGUACUGCUACAUCAAUUUCUGCUAAGGAAGUUUGUAAGAAAAAUGGCACAGCGCAAGAUCCAAACUUAAUGAAUGAAAAAAUUAUUGCACAAGGUGAUAAAGUGCGUUCUUUAAAAUCGCAAAAGGCAGAUAAAGCUACAAUUGAUGUAGAAGUAAAGACCCUUCUAGCUUUAAAAACUGAAUAUAAAGCAAGUACUGGAGUAGAAUGGAAACCAUCUACUACUUCAAUAUCUAAUGUAAAAAAUAAAGAUAAUAACCAAGGUGAUCAAAUUUCAGAAAGUAUAAAGAAACAAGGAGAUAAAGUGAGACAAUUAAAAAGUUUGAAAGUAGAGAAAAGUGUUAUUGAUGAAGAAGUGAAAUUACUUCUGACCUUAAAGGCUGAUUACAAAGCUGUAACUGGGAAAGAAUGGACUACUUCAGUAACUAAUGUAACAAAUAAAGUUGAUCCUCAAGUUGAUCAAAUUUUAGAAAGUAUACAGAAACAAGGAGAUAAAGUGAGACAAUUAAAAGAAAUUAAAGCUGAAAAAAGUAUUAUUGAUCAAGAAGUGAAAAUUCUUUUAGAUUUAAAAAGUAAUUAUAAGACAUUAACUGGUCAAGAAUGGAAGUCGAUAAAAGUCGACAUAAAGAAAAAGAAAGAAGAAACAUUUGAAAUUAAAAAACAGAAAAAUACAUCAAAUAAAGAAGUAAAUAAAAAUGAUGGUCCAAAGGAUGUAAAUGCUAGUAAAACUGGAACAAGAUUGGGACUAGAGGUAAAAAAGGAAGAAAAUUUCUUUGAAUGGUAUUCUCAAAUUAUUACUAAGAGUGGUAUGAUUGAAUAUUACGACGUAUCGGGUUGUUACAUUCUCCGUCCGUGGAGUUUCGCUAUUUGGAAAAUAAUAAAAGAAUAUAUUGACAAUGAAAUAACAAAGCUGGGCGUUCAAGAAUGUUACUUUCCGAUUUUUGUUACACGAUCAGUAUUGGAAAAAGAAAAAGCACAUAUAACAGAUUUUGCGCCUGAAGUUGCAUGGGUGACAAAAUGCGGAGAAUCAGAUUUAGCAGAGCCAAUUGCUAUACGACCUACAUCAGAAACUGUAAUGUAUCCUGCUUAUGCCAAAUGGCUAAAAUCUGAUACUGAGCUUCCUUUAAAACUUAAUCAAUGGAAUAACGUAGUAAGAUGGGAAUUUAAAGACCCUAAACCUUUUUUGCGUACAAGAGAAUUUUUAUGGCAAGAAGGUCAUACCGCUUUUGCUACUAAAGCUGAAGCUGAUGAAGAAGUUAUGAUAAUCUUAGAUAUGUAUGCUAGAGUAUAUGAAGAAUUAUUAGCAGUACCUGUUAUUAAAGGCCGUAAAACUGAAAAAGAAAAAUUUGCUGGUGGUGAUUAUACUACCACAGUUGAAGCUUUUAUUUCAACAAGUGGCCGCGCGAUACAAGGCGCAACUAGUCAUCAUCUUGGACAAAACUUCUCUAAAAUGUUUAAUAUUCAAGUAGAGGGUGCCGUAGAAGGAGAUGAAAAAACAUUUAUCUAUCAAAAUUCAUGGGGCUUAACGACUCGAACAAUUGGAGUUAUGAUUAUGGUUCAUGGAGAUGAUAAAGGUUUAGUAUUACCGCCAAAUGUAGCUUGUAUUCAAGCUGUCAUAAUACCUUGUGGUAUUGCAGCAAAUACAACAUCUGAACAGAGAGAUUUGUUGUUUUCUGAAUGUAACAAAUUGUUAAAUGAAUUAUCAGAGGAUAAAACACUUAGAGUUAAAGCAGAUUAUCGCAGUAAUCGUACUCCAGGCUGGAAAUUUAACCAUUGGGAAUUGAAGGGUGUACCUAUAAGAAUCGAAUUAGGUCCAAAAGACUUAAAACAAGAUCAGGUCACUUUUGUACGGAGAGAUAAUUAUGAAAGAGUGGUUGCAAAGAGACCUGAAGUGGUUACUUCUUUACGUACAUUAUUGAUCGACAUACAAACAAACAUGCUGGCCAAAGCCAGAGAGAACUUAAAUGGGCAUAUUAAACAUGCAGAUAAUUGGGAUGCGUUUUGUUCUCAUCUUAAUCAAAAGAACCUAUUAUUAUCACCAUUUUGUGGAGAAUCACCGUGUGAAGAUAAUAUUAAAGCUGAUAGUGCUCGAGAGGAUACAGGAGAGGAACUUGGAACAUUAUCAAUGGGUGCAAAAAGUCUUUGCAUACCAUUUGAACAGCCACCCUCACCAAUACCUCUUGAUGAACAAAAAUGCAUUCAUCCUAAUUGUCAGAAUAAACCGAAAUUUUAUACACUUUUUGGUCGUAGCUACUAA